GUGCAGCCAGACAGGGGGUAACCAUAGACACCGGCCCACCAUCACCACCAUCACUGUCAUUAUCAGCAGCAGCAGCAGCAGCAGCAGCAGCAGCAGAGAAGACAGGGACAGAGGGGGAGUGAGAAGGACAGUGAGCAUCCCUGGAGACAAACAGACGCAGUGAGAAGAUGACUCUGGCAGCCUACAAAGAGAAGGUCAAAGAGCUCCCCCUGGUGUCUCUGUUCUGCUCCUGCCUGAACCCUCGGACCAUCGAUAAGCCGACAUAUAAGGCAGAAGAUGCAGUGGACCUGGGCUGGUGCGUCAUGAAGGAUGUGGAGGUGAUUGAACUGAAUAAGCGGGCAUCAGGCCAGGCCUUCGAAGUCAUUCUCAAGCCCCCGUCCUUUGACGGCGUGCCAGAGCUCAACACCUGCAUGCCGCAGCGCCGUGACCCGUCCCUGGAGGAAAUCCAAAAGAAACUGGAAGCCGCCGAGGAGAGGCGAAAGAUCCAGGAGGCUGAGCUGCUGAAGCAUCUGGCGGAGAAGAGGGAGCACGAGCGCGAGGUGAUCCAGAAGGCCUUCGAAGAAAACAACAACUUCAUCAAGAACGCAAAGGAGAAGCUGGAGCAGAAGAUGGAGGCUAAUAAAGAGAACAGGGAGGCCCUGCUGGCUGCCAUGCUGGAGAGGCUGCAGGAGAAGGACAAACACGCUGAAGAAGUGAGGAAGAACAAGGAGAUGAAGGAGGAAGCAUGCCGGUAGAUGAGAGGAACACGGGAGUGGAGCGACAGAGAGCUGGGACUUGUGGGGUAAAAAAAACAACAACAAAAACAGUGAAAACAAAAGAAUUGAAAACAGUGCAGUAAAGACAGAAAAAAGAACUCAAAAACAACUCCAAGAGAGAGAGAAUUUUCAUAUUUGAUGUAUGCUGUAAUGAUUCUUAACAAGCUGUACAAAGUUUAGCCGACGUUUGAUGUUGACAUUCACAAAGAAUUCUUGCGCCUUUUUGUUUUCUAAAGAAAAGUGGGUGGAGGGGGGGGCAUCAAAACAAACAUUUCACUUUUUUGAAAGAGGGGCUGUUGUGCUCGUUUGGUUGGGAAUAAAACAAAAUUAAAAUGCAGCUUCAUUCAGUCAAAAAGCAGGACGGUUUUUUUCAGAACUGAAUAAAACCAAUUUGGCGCCGACUCUGAAGAUUAAGUCAUGUUUACUUUCAAAGCAACUAAAUCAACAGCUUUUCAUAGGGUUAGAAAAAGAGACAAAAAAAAAGAUAAACAAUAAGAUAAAUUAUAAGUUUGCUUCUGUAUAAGUGACAAUAAAGACUCCAUACCAUUCCAUUCCAUUCCAAAGUCCCAAUAACAAUGGACUUCUUUACAAUGAGAGUGCAAACAGAAGAAGGGAGUUGUAAUCUAACUUGUUAAGUGAUGUGUUAGAGUAGCACUGGACACACAUGUAGUUAAAAAGUCGUAUCAUCAGCCAAAUACAAGAAACGAGUAACAGAACUCAAACAAAGUCUGAUUUCCCUUGUUUCCAGAUUUCUCAUACUAACUCUUUGCUGCAGCAUUUCUGGACUUGUUCAGUCUGUCUGGGGACAAGUGUGUGAGUGCGUGUGCGUGUGUGUGUGUGUGUGUGUUUGCGCUAAACUCAGCGAAGCUUGUAAAAAAACAGCUCAUGAAUAUCCAUAAACACCAGGCUUUUCUCUCCAAUUCCGCCAUUUCUGGACGUAAAUGUAGAUGAGUGACUUGCAUUCGAGUCUCUUAGAUUUUAGCGCACUGAUUGCACUCUUAUGUCAUUAAGCACAACUCCAAAGCACAUUUGCAUAGACAGAAUAGAAAGGAGGACCUGGGGAAAACAACAAUAAGUGGCAGGAGUGAAGGAUGUGGACAGUUUUCUGUAGUAUCAGUCUGCUGUGCUCCGACUGUCGCUUUGGAAAGAUUUUCAAGGGAAAUUUGAAACACAAAAGAGUAAACGACCAAAUUCCAUUUUUGCUUGAGUUGUUGAGUCAUACUGACUUGGUUGGAGUGUCUCGAGUGUUUGCGCUGUAACGGGGGAGUGGUGACAUUAGGGCUUUGUACUUGCUGUAACUGUGUGUCGCUGUAUAUCCACGAGGCUGGAUCGAUUGUAUCUAUUUGGCAUGGUCAGUAAAAGCAGCUUGACUGAA